AUGGCUUCCAAGAAGACAAAAUCCGCCGCUGCCGGCGACGACAUUGACGAUCUCUUUGAGGGCAUUGGAGACAAUGCUGCUCCCCCCAAGAAGUCGCCCGAGAAGAAGCCCAAGCCCACCACCGCCGCCUCCAAGGCCAUGGCCGACAACGAUAUUCUGGCCGAACUCGAGAAGGACCUUGAGCAACCCUCCCGUCCGCAUACGCCGCGUCUUAAGGAGACGGUAGCGAAGGGGAUUCCCAAACGCUCUGCGACUCCUACCACCGAAGACAGGUCUACCGCUCCCCGCAAGUCUACCGACAGUGCACGAUCUCUCCGCGCCAGCUUCACUCCUAGCGCCACGAGCUCGGACUUGCAAGAACCCGAGAAGAGACCCGCCGAGCAUCUUACGACCGCCUCUUCGUCAGCUGCUGCCCCCGAAGCCGCGCCCCCUGCUGCUGCUGCUGGCGGUGGCUGGUGGGGUGGCAUCUUCAACACGGCGACUGCUGCUAUGAAGCAAGCCGAGGCUGCUGUCAAGGAGAUCCAGAAGAACGAGGAAGCCAAGAAGUGGGCCGAACAGGUUCGAGGAAACGUUGGUGGCCUUAGGGCCCUUGGAGACAACCUUCGCCAGCAAGCACUCCCGACAUUCACAAACAUUCUCCAUACCAUUGCCCCUCCCAUCAGCUCCCAUGAGCGGCUCCUCAUCCACAUCGCUCACGACAUGGUUGGAUACCCUUCCCUUGAUCCCCUAAUCUACGGCACCUUCUCGCGCGUCAUGUCCCAGGUGGAGGGCGGCGAGUUGAUGGUGAUUCAGAGAGGCCAAGAGACCACGAGCCGCAGAUACUCCAAUGACAGUGGCGCGGGCUGGAGGGACGGUCCUUGGUGGAGACAAUCCGACUCCCCGCGCGACCUGGGUCUGAUUAAGGGUCUGACCGAGGGCACAAAGCUCUGCCGUGCCGGAGCCGAGGGUUAUGCCAGCGAGUACUUCGCCGCCCAUGGUGGCGUCGAGCUGGCCCGGGUACGUGCCACUGAGCCGGUAAGCGAAGACAAUCCGGUUCGCAGCUCCGACCUCUUCCUUGCCAUCCAGGCUGUGGGUACCACGGCCGACUCGGCCCUCUUUGCCCGUACGUCGGCUGUCGAGAAGGAGAAGGAGGCCUCGGCCGUGGCCGAUCAGGAUGAGGCAGAUGAGACGGUGUGCUUCGCCGUCUUCUGCCUUGACCCCGUCCACGAGAUCGAGUACUCGGCCAUCAGCCAGUCCAUUCCGGCCAAGUGGAUUCGCUGGUUGGACGCCUCCAACCCGCUGACUCCCGCCAGCGGCGACGACGGUCAGGAGCCUUCUCUGGCCCAAUCCAUCCCGGACGAGAUUCGUGAGAUUGUCGAGGGCGGCGGCGUUGACCCCCGCGAGUGGGUUGCCGAGUGGAUUGAAGAGUUGUUGAGUCUCGCAGUCGGUGUUGUGGCACAGAGAUAUGUUGCCAGGAGGAUGGGCGUCGGUGAGGGAGGCAUCGGCAAGGGCAAGAGACGCAUGGAUGAGCUUGUUCAGGAUGGCGGUGGCGAGGCGGCUCGGGCUGGUCUCAUCUAA